AUGUGGCGGUUUUAAUUUCGCUGGGUUUCGUCUCCAAAUCAAUUCCGGCAAACCCAAAUAUCUCUCUCUCUAUUUUUCUCUCUCUCUUUUUCUGGUUUAGGACAACAAUGAGGAUAUGGCGGGAAGCGUGACACAGACUCCUCACCCUCUCUAAUUUUACCAAACUACCCUUCCCCCCACCUCUCAUAUAUUCGCUUCCGGAGACGACGCGUCUCUGACGAACCACCCCUCGACCGAGGUUGUAUUUGGUCUGGGAAUUUGAAACCGGAGGAUUGCGGUGGAAUCCUCGCCGUUGAUUUGUCCAGCGGGGAUUUCCGGUCGCUCUCUCUCCCCGGCGGGCCGUGGUUUCAUGUUCAUGUUAUGAAGUUCGCCGGAGAUUGGUUAUAUUUAUGUUUGUGGGAUUCCGUUGGUCAUCAACAGCAAGAUUGUGGAUUUUGUGAAGAAGUGGUUGGUGGUAAUUGGAGCAUAAGGCAUGGAUAUCACGGGGAAAAGUGACGCCGGCCGGCGUAUUUUCCCCCUCACUGGUUUGCAAAUCGGAGACUUGCAGUCUUAUCUUUCGGAUCUCAGCCUAGUGCUGGCUUCGGAGAGUAGGAAAUUCUAUAUCUUGGUGGACAAUCGGCCAUGGCUGAGAGGGUCUCGGCCAGCGCACUUCUGGCAGUUGAUGGUUACUAAGUCAAGGCUAUCUCCUUUUGCAAACUCUAAAGUGCUGAAGGCCAGAAAAUUACAAGGAAAAGAUGUGUCCUCCAAGCCUGUUAAACCAAAAAAGUUUACUAGGUGGGUCUCAUACAUCAAAGCAGAAGCAUUGUCUCGGAAGAGGGUUUUGUUACCUGUAAAGAAACUGCGCAAUUCUUUGCUUUCAAGCAGUGAGUUGCAUAGGACCUUGUAUGGUUUCAUUGUGUUUGAAGUUGCAUGGAGUAAUGUUAGAGGUAUCAAUUACUUGAAUGAGCUUCAGACUGAUACAUCACUGGCUACGGAGGCUAAAUUCAUGCAAAGAUGGGAAUUUGACAGUAUCCCUCAAGCUGCAAACUGCAUAUCCUCAUGGUACUCAGGAACAGCCUCUGAGAAACGACAAUUGAGAGAGUAUCUGGAUUCCCUAGGAGAGGUGUUUUAUGAUGCCCAAGCAACUUUGCCAGUUGAUGUUGAAGACGAAUAUACUUUUAAUCGUCUGUCUAGCGAGGAAAGUUCUCUUCACAGCAUCAGUAGUAACUAUAGUGUAUGCUCUCCAACCAGCAAAGGUAGCAGUAGUGUUCCUCAUUCACCUCCUCCACCUACUGGACCUUACAAGAGAAGGAAAAUAGCCGACUCUAUUUGUAUUGGAGAUGGAGUUGAUGUAAAUUUUGAGGAGUUUCCAGACUGCGAGACAUAUGUUAGUGACUACGAAGAUGCUGCUGAAGUUACCCAGGACAUGAAUGAUAUACCAGUGAAUGUGAAGACCCAUAUGGACUGUGAAGAGGCUACCUCGUACAGGGAAGAUGCUAUACCUGUGCCUGUUAAGAUAUGUGAUAGUGGCUGUCAAGAUGCUGUUGAAGCUACUCAGUACAGUGAUGUCUUGAUUUUGUUCAGGUUCAAUGACCAUGAUCUCCCAUUUAAACUCAGAGACAUAAUAAUGUCUGAUCUCCGGUUAUUGCCCUUGCUGGAGGCUGGGCUUCCAUCUUGGGCUAUUUUCCUACAAUCUUACCCGGGAUUUUGCAAAAUUUAUCGCCCGUGGAUGUGUCCUCUUGCAAGAGCUUUAUAUGUGGUGAUCUCAGUUGCCACUGUCCUGAUUGGAUUUUAUGACCUGUACAAAAAUGUUCCAGUUCUUAAGGUAACUGCAUCACGCAUAUGUGGGCCUCUAUUUGAUUGGAUAGAAACAUGGUCAAUGGUAACAAGGAUCAAAUACUUGGGAACAAUGCUAUUUCUGCAUCAUUCUCAGAAGGCUGUUCAGUGGUUCUUGACCAUCAGGAAAACCACUCGCUCCUUUUUUUCAGUUUUUGCCCAGCCGAUUUUGGAACCUUUUGUACAGUGCUUUGGAUUCCUUCUCCCAGUUUGGAAUGUGUUUUUUGAGGUAUUGGGGAGCAUCUGUACAAUGAUUUUGUUACUGAUCGAGUCUUCUUGCAAUGUGGUGGAGAAUCUGGUGGAGGUUUUACUGUAUCCAGUAUGGUUUGUCCUUUCGGCCAUCUGGAACAUUGCCAUUUCUGUCGUAUAUCCUAUAUUUAGGAUGCUGUGGGCAAUACUCUAUGCUCCAAUUCGCAUGUUUCUUGUACUAGGCAAUUUCAUAGCCUUUCUUAUUACUUGUAUAUAUGAUACACUUCAAGAUACAUGGAAGUUUAUUAGCAGCAUAUUCCAGUUUGCUUCAGCCUCUCAGGCAACAGUGAGGACUGUUGAAGUUUCCAUAUGGCGUUCACUUUGGAAUGACCUCUUUUCACAGGUUUUCCGUGCUCUCAGGAGUAUAUUAAACGGUUUUGUCGCAUUCUUCACAGCUUGUAAUAGGCAUCGGCUAAGCAUCUAUAAUCAUAUACAAGAGUUUAACCGAAGAUUACUAAAUCGGACAAAAAGAUUACGACGUGAAGAUUCAAGACGUAGCAGGCAAACCAUUGAGGGUCAUCAGCUGUUACGAAUGAGGAGGAAAAUUGCCCUCGACUAGAGUGUACAACGCGGAAUCAGUCUGGAUAUACUGUAAAAACACAACUUCAACCAUGUAUGAUAUGCAAAUUGGCCCUAAUGGGGACAACAAGAGAUGUAGCAAACGAGAAAUGCGUGCAGCACCAAUGGUACUAACACACCAUAGUAGGAGCUUCAAUUUUCACAUUGGAAAAAGUUGUUGCCUUUUGUAGGGGUAGGCUGUAUGUCUCCAUUGUACAUAUAUGAUAAGGAACUUUGGCUUUGUAGAUCUUGUAAGCUCUCCAUCUUUAACUUUAAAAUGAGAAAGAAAAAGUUUUC